GUCUGCUGCUGAUAUUACUUCGUGAACUGACCUGGAUAGAUCCAAACUAGUUUAAAUUUUUUCAACUUUGCCCAGUCAAACUGAUUUUCAGUGAAUUCUGGCUCAGCAGGUUUGAGCUAGUGAACUUUAGCAGCAGAGCAAAGAGGCAAAAUGCCAGGAUAGUCAUGGAGUUUCAAGAAGUGCAGACUUCUCUCACUGCUGCGUUACUGUGGGCUUUUAGGUCUUAAAGGAUGUCCGAGACUUUGUUUCAGCAGGAGAGGCUCCAAGCGAUUGCGGAGAAGAGGAAGCGGCAGACAGAGAUCGAGAACAAGAAACGGCAGUUGGAGGAUGAGAGGAGGCAGCUGCAACACCUGAAGUCUAAGGCUCUGCGGGAACGAUGGCUCCUGGAAGGAACUCCUUCUUCUACAUCAGAGGAGGACCAGGGAAUGAAUAAACAGUUUCAAGAGGACAACAUUAAAACAAAACAGUUGGAGGAAACCAUCCAGAGGCUUGAAAAGGAGCUCGAAUCACUUGAAAAUGGAGACAUUACUAUCUGUAAAGAAAAUAGCAUUGACGAGAAGCUGAAGGAGAAGGAAAAGGUGUCUCCAAGCAAAGGCAGUGAGCUGGAGAAGCACCACAGUAGCCCAGUGGCCAACAAACCUGAGGGAUGCACAGAAAAGAUGAAAGCUGCAAUGUUUGCAGUGGAAAUUACUGUGGAGAAGGACAAUGUGACAGGAGAGACUAAGGUUUUGUCCACCUCCAGCGUAUCUCCCAAAAACCUCCACCAGCAAGGUGUCAAGGUCUACGAAGAUGAUCUCAAGGUGAUCCAUGAAGUACGCAAGGGUGAUGGAGCAGCGGAAAAUGGAGUCCAUCUCCUGAGCACCACAGAGGUCGAUGAGCUCAUGCAGAAGGCAGACAAGGUGACAGACUACAGCAAAGCUGUGGUUCCUGAGGGGAAAGGACCUUCUGUUCAACUGGAGGCCAACAGUCAGUCACCAGGAAAGUGGCAGGCAGACAGGAUAGCUGGUGAAAAUCUUAAAAUCCUUCAGAAAAUGCCCGGAGAUGGUGCAGAGCCCAGCAAAGACCAGCCAGUGACCAUGAUUUUCAUGGGAUACCAGGAUGUGGAGGAUGAGGACGAGACCAAGAAGGUCCUGGGCUAUGACGGAACAGGGAAAGCAGAGCUGGUGGUAAUUGAGGAUGGUGACACCAAGAGCGAGCGGGUGGUGACAGGCCAGGCCCCGCCCAACGGCACAGCAGCCGAGCCCCCGGCCUCCGAGGAGAAGCCAGGUGGGAAGGAGAAGGAGGCAGUCGAUGAUACAAAGGAUCUCAAGGAGAAACAGCGUUGUCAGUGUUGCAUUGUGAUGUGAUUAUGUGCUGUUAUUACUCUAAUGUACAGUUGGAAUGUUAUAUGUCCAUAGUCUUCAUGUCUUCUAACACGUGCUUUUAAUUGGGGAUGCAAGGAUCACAGCCAAUUCAUCAUGAUAUCUCAAACACCUGCAGUUUUAUAUACAUUUAAUCAACAUGGUUGAAAAUAUAAAAGCUAAUUUGCUGAGGAUUGUCCAGAACAUCUCUUCCAAAUCAGCUACACCCCACUUACACUUCCUUGAUGAUGUCAUGACAACAUUGUGAUAGCCCGUUAAAUUUAUCAACAGCAGAAGCUGCAUUAAAAAAAACAUUGGGCAGUACAGAGAGGAAGUGAAGUUGCAGUUGACCCUUGAAAUUGCACUUGGUCAAGCAGUAGGGCAGGCUGCUUUCCCAAUUGCCAUAGUGUUCCCCGUUUGAAAAUCUGGUCAUUCUUCAUAAUCUCAUCCUAUUGCCCUCAAGUUUUCAAUUGGCUAAAAGGUCUCCUUCAGUAGUCAGCCAGAUAAAAGUAUUUUUUUCCCUCUAGGGUAGCUCAUCAAAAGGCGUAUGCUAAUAUACAGAUCAACACUUGUAAAGAUAUACAGUAGCUAAAUAAGAAAAACUAAAAUUUUAAGAAAUGGCAGACGAGCAAAGGAGGCAGAAUGGGAGAAACUAAGAGAUGUACACAAAUGAACUUGUUUAAAUUCAGCUUUUAUGUAAAACAGAGUUAGUAAAGCAGUAAUAAAUCUACUGUAGAUAAUUCAUGGUGUAUCUUCAUUAGUGAAAAUAGAGUUUUAUUUCAGUAUGACAAUCCCUGAAAUAAAGCCAAACAAUUCAGCAAUGGGGGGGGGGGAGGGGGGCGGGGGACACAUACGAGUUAAGAAUAAAAUGUUCAAAAGUUAUUGUGGCGGUCAACUUCUGGUUUUACGUUCUGUCAUCUGGUCCAGGACAAACGCUGGACCACAUCCAUAGUGUUUCUUCCUGCUCUUCCUUCAAAUUAUGUCCAUCUUUCAUUGAACCAGGGACCACUUAGUUUGGUUUUUCUAACUUGAUGCCUUAAAUCAUCUGAAUAAGCAAAAAUAAAUAUUGAUCUUUGAUCAUUUUGAAUCAUAAUUAAGUUUUCAGAAGAGCUGAAAUGUCCUAUCGAAAGGAGAGCAGCUAUUUUCUGUGAAAACUUUGAAUAGAUGAAGGAAAAUCAACAUCACUGGUCCUGGCGAACAGCCCUUCUGAUGAGUUCAAAGCCAGCCACUUUCUGAGAGACCGGAAGCUCAAUUUUUUUGUCACAAGGUCACUUUAAUUCUUGUUCAAACCUCAGGUUUAGCGGUCAGUUAAAUCACUGCAGGAACUCAUUUAUACAAACAGGAAUCUCUAAUCCUGAUCAUUUCAGCAUCUAAGGUGAAUAACUAGGUUGUUCCGCUUUGUCAUAGGCUGAUCUGAUUAAUCUAUAAUCAAACUUUUAAAUCGUUGUCUGUUUAACAGACCACAGAAUUAAAGAAAACCUUGCUUACAUACAUGCUGAAUUCUGAAUUUUUUUUUGCAAUUCCCACAUCAAAACUAUACCUGAAAUAUCUUAGCAACUCUACAAAGUUAUCUAAACUGGAUUUUCUGAAUCAUUGCAUCCCUAAUUUGAAUACACUUUUCUAUGUCACACAUAAGUCAGAUCAACAUAUCUUAUACACUGCCAGUCACCAUGCACAACUCUCAAUAUUUGAUGUGUAACAGUGGGACCAUUUUAUUUUUUCUGUGCAUGUUCUCUAGCUGAUUGCAGAACAUUAUGAAAGCUGUUAAAUGACAUUGUGUAUUUAUUACUUUACUGAAACCUGUCUGGAAGAUUUUACAUCACUAACUAACCUCCAACAACAUGAAACCAGAGGCCGUUUGCAAUGGCAUCAUUAGGUGAGGACUGUUCAGCUGUAGUAAGUGAAAGUACCCACUAGAAAUCCUCUGAGUCAACCAUUCCUCCAGAUUAAAGAGUUGGGUGCAGCAAACUUUGAUUUGUCAUCGGUUCUGAACCCACGCCAGCCUAAUCAUAGAUAUCCUAAGACUAUGUUGUUGAAGGACACACAUCUCUCUGCUCCAGUGCCAAGUCCCUGAAGUUGCCUGUGGGAGAGAGGGAGAAUGCAGACAGAAAGGAACUCAUUUGACCACUAUUCUCAGCAGUCACUUUUAAUUGCUCUGUGAUUUCACAUGUACCAAAGACCCCAUCACAAUGAGAGUUGCUUCACUGGUUCAAUUACAAGACAAUCAAAUUUCCCUUAAAUAAUUUCACAACUUUAUUGCUCUGCUUGAACUGUAAUGGAAAAUUCAUUCAUAUAUAUAUCUAUUUUUAAACACAUUGCCUUGGGAAUGGCAUUAGCCAUGUUAUGGACUUCACUGAGCAAUUGACCCAACAACAAGGAUGUGAUAGGCUCCAUUGGACUUUAUACCAUUGAGCAUGCUCAUCAGAAGAAUAAAGUAGUCCCAUUUUAUUCAAACACAUUCCAGGGGCCUGUGGCACUAGCAUUCUCACACAAAUUCCCAAGUGUAGCACGUGUAAGCAUAACACGCACUUCCUCGAAGAGUUGCACGCUAUGUUUCUCGUGCGCUAAUGGAUUUCUGAGACUUGAGGCUACGGCUCUCUGUACCAGAGAGGUAAAUAUCAUUCUGAGUGCAGAUUUCCAUCACGUGUCGGAAGUUAGCCUUUGUAACUAGUCUGUGUUCUUAGUUGUUGCGUGCUGGUAUGAGCUAUGUUGUAAAGAUGGAAACCCUUAUCAAUUUCUUCUCUAUCACACCCCAUUCCAAAAUCCUAUGGCAUAUCAAUGGAUUCUUUAGGAGCUUUCAAACAGCAUAUUGUCCAAAAGACUAUCUUACAGCAUUAACCGGAUAAAGGAUUCCUAUUUGUAAACCAUACAAAGGUGCACACAGAGUGCUUUAAUUAUAAAUUGCAAAUGUUUGUCUAACUUUGUUUUAAAAUGAAGGCUUUGUUUUUUUUUAAAAAAACAGAACUCUAAGUUGCCAUUGAAAAAAGAAAAUGUAAUGCAUAUAUUUUUGUUAUGACAUCUUAUAUUUACUCUUGAGUUGUGGUGUGCUCUUCACCCACACACCCACGCACUUCAGUAAAGCUAACUGAGGUGUCCAAAUGCUUACUUGGUAAAUCAUAGUCUCUGGACUUGUACAGGAUGAGUUAUACAUGCUGUACAAUGUUUGCUCUAUGUUACAGAAUCUAAGCAAAUCCUACAGGAUGAAUUCGAUGCCUACAGAGUUUUUUUUUUGAGAGGGAAGGUUGUAUGAGGAAUGCAAUACAGUUCACUCCCUUUAGGAGCACACGCCAACAGAAUGUGUGGCAAGUCCUAGCGGAAUAUCAGCUAUGCAUACAGCUCUCUCCCAAGUCUCCUCUUUCACAGAUAGACCUUCAACAACUAACAGGACAUUAUUGGAUAAUGCUGGCAACCUGCACCACUGACAUGAUUCAGCACAAGAGCUUGUUCAUUUCACUUCUAAUCAGGGAUUGACACAGAGUGAGUGUCUGAAAGGUCUCUAAGCAGACCUUUCAGAAAGCAGAAAGGUCUCUAAAACACAGUGUUUCAUUUGAUGCUCGCAUCAGACCAUAAUGGAAAAAGAAACAAAAUUUUAAAAAUAAAAGUCAUGGAGCUCCCAUGCUCCUAGGUGGAGUCAACUGUAUUUCAUUAUUUGAAUCAAUGUGAAAUUCAAUAUGCAAAAAUGUAUAGCAAUCAAAAAUAAAAUCUAGAUGUGGUUAAAUGGAGUGCAUUAA